CUUUAUAAUCAUUCGUGGGUCAUUUGCUUAUCUGGUUUCACUUAUGGAUUAUAUUUUUAUCUGUAUUUCCUAUUCUGUCCUAUACAGAGGUGGCUGGUGUUUGGGAUUUUGUCUGUUGAUCAUUGCUCACUCUACGGAAUCCUAGGCCCAGAGCAAGGUCUUCAGUAAAUACAUACUGAAUUGUUGAACAGAUGAAUACAUAGGCUGAGGCUUAGAAGUGAAUGGGUGUUGAGUGAUUUCUAGACCUUUUGGGCAUUCUUCUGCCAUCUCCAAUGCCUAGCAAGUCCAGGUACAACUUUUAAGAGUAUUCAUGCAGUCUCUGUUCUUCUUUUUAGGAACAACGAACCAUGGAUCCCAGUUACUGGAGGGUAUCCAAGGAUGUCCCAGGGCAGAGCAAAAGCCUGCUGGAUAUGGUUCAGGCCAGUUAUUUUGGAAUAUGACUGGACCUGGUCCCAAGAAAGGGGUAUUGACACAUGGUGGCCAAGUUAGUGUGGGGAGUACUUACUUUUGGAGUUCUUGACUGCCCAUGGUAGAUCUAGCUAGAAGUUGAUUGUUGGGGGAGGGGAAGCUUCUUUCUCCAUGCCAAGAAAGCAAAUGAGAGCAGUAUAGUCCAUUGAAAAGUUGUAGCUUGGCCUUUCAAUAGAUGCUUACGUGUAAAGACUCUAGCAGAGGACAGAGAAGUCUGGCACUGUGCUUCCCUUGCCACUGCAUGCAAGGCUGUAAGCUAUCAAUAGGCAUAGUGUGGGUGGGUAGGAAGAUGCUAUGAAGUGCACUGUUGAUUCUAGGACACUGUGGGGGCUGAGCAGGUGACUUGGAAUGGCAUUUCCUUCCUUUCUGUAGGGACAUCCGGUGCAGAUGCCCCGGGUGCUAAGAGAGCAGAGCCAUGCUGAUGCCUAUUUCCAGGAGUCUUCUGGAAGCUUCCAAGGGGGAAGGUUCUUUUAUGAGCGUCUGGAGGCAGGUAUAGUGGCAGAGACUGGCCUGGAAGAGCUCAAUGGCCUGGAUAUGGAAGUCAUGAGAAGGCAGAUGCAAAUGAUUUCUGGGCGGCUGCGUGCCCUUGAGGACCGGGAUGCAACCUGGCGCCAUAAGGAGGCUGUGCUCUUUAGUCUGCUGCUGUCGGUGUGCACAGCCAACCUGUGGCUUUUAAUGCACAGCUGAAGUUUGACAGGCAUCACAG